GGUGGGCGGGUCUGCGACUACACACACACACACACACACACACACACACCACGCACACACACACACACACACCACGCACACACGCACACACACACACAGACAGCGCGAGACUUCGCCAUGCGCACCGGAACAGGAGAAUGAUGAAUCCCAGUUUCUUACAGCAGAGGGUUUAGGAGAGUCAGGAAACAAGUCUGAUCCACACUUCCGCUUCACACACACACACACACACACACCAUGGAGAGAACGCCACCGACCAACGGAGCGCGCGCCUCUGCGGCCACAGGAAGCUCGAGCCCGAACCCGAACCCGAACCACAACCACGCGGACCGGACACGGAGGACCACCGGAAGAGGAGGAGGAGGAGGAGGAAGGAGGCCUCAGCUGGAAGGAGUACUGAGCAAAUACACCAACCUGAUCCAGGGCUGGCAGAACAGGUACUUUGUUCUGGAUGAAGAGCUGAAACAGCUCCAGUACUUUGUGAAUGAACAGGGGCGGAGUCAGAAACCCAGAGGGACCCUCCCUCUGAUUGGUGCAUCAGUUACCGUGAGUGAUGAGGCACCUCACAUGUUUGUCGUCAGCUCGGCCAAUGGGGAGCUCUUCAAACUCCGAGCGGUGGACGGUAGAGAGCAGCAGUUGUGGAUGUCUCACAUUCAGUCCUGUGCCACAGACAGCAGUGUGAGGACACUGAAGGACACUGAAGAGCAGCUGGGUUUGGACAAAACAGUCAGUAGUUUAGACACACAGUGUUCAUCACGUCGGAGUUUCUCUCUCCUCCCCUCUGCCUCGUCCUCCACCUCUUCCUCUCCGAGGCUGCAGAGACAUCUCCCUCACCUUCCUCAUCUGCCUCAUCUUCCUCACUCUCACAGAUCUCCGGCAGCUCCACGCCGUGCCAAACACACACACGCUCAGCCCGACACACUGCUGGAGGUCAGAGAGGUGAUCGUUCAGGCCGAAUGUCAGCAGAAAUCCCUCGUUCACUCCAUCGAGCUUCUCCCUCGGCGAGGGGGCGUGUCCUGUCUGGAUCAGGACCUGCUGCUGCUGAAGGCUACCUCAGCCGCCACGCUGCGCUGCCUCGCCCAGUGCCUAAAUAUGCUACAGCAACACAGACACGCCCACAACAUGUCAGACUCCGCCCAGCCACAAGCCCCGCCCUCUGAGGAGUGUGAUGUGGACGAUGUAAAGACUGCGGGCUUCCAGGGGCCUCUGCUCAGCGAAGACCAAACAAACCCAUGCUGAGCUGAAUCCGUCUGUGCUACGUAUUUUUUUUACUCGUGUGUGACGGAAAGGGCUAAAUCUCUCCCGGCGUUUAUGACGUAUGUAUGAAGUGUGUCUGUGAAUUAAGCUAGUGCACUUUUCUUCCUAUGCUGGAGUAACCAAAGCAUGCCACACGGUGCCUGAUCGAGCUCCUUCAUGAACGCCACCAAACACGUCGAAUAAAACAUUUCAGAGCAAAUGGAAUAACCGAGUCAUGCUGUGCGUUUCCUCUUGUCUGACGUCUUACAGGGCGAUUUCACACCUCAAGUCUGAAUCAAAGCGUAAAUUUACUCUUUUGUUUCAUUUUGUUUGAUUUGUUUUCAGACUGCACAUAACUAAAUGAACAAAAAACUAAACAAAACCAAAAAACAAAACAUGAGGGCCGUGUAAGGCUGGAAACGUUUUCGUUCUUUCGUUAUUCAGAAACAUGGUAACGGAAAUAGUUAAACAAACCUUCACCAAGUGUGUGUAGAAAUCAUAUAAAUAAGCUGAGCAUGGAGAACACCGAGCCAUCUAUUCACAGAAAUUGAUGAAAACUGACCAGAUACUUUGGUGACUUUAAAAACCAGCGCCAUUUUGUCCAUAUGAGAAUUUGACCGGCUGCUGUAGCCUUAUGGUCCGCUAUGGCAAAAAUACCAGUUUGGCACACUUGGAUUAUUUACACUACAUACAGUUCUGUGCAAAAGUCUUAGACACAUGCAAAGAAAUAAAUGAAACAAAGUCAAUAUUUGGUGUGACGAUCCUUCACGUUAAAAUAAAGCAGUAUCUGAGGUGCAGUGUGUGCAGUUUUAUAAGGAAAUGAGCUGGAAGUGUUACUGAGCAUCUUGCAGAAGCAGCCACAGUUCUUCUGGAGACUUUGACUGUCGACUCGCUUCUUAUUUCUGCAGCGAAACCCAGCAGCCUUCAUUCUGUUUUUAUCUGAAAAGUGUCUCUUAUGGAAUCUGCUGCUUUCUUUACUGACAUCCAAACAUUUUUCUGUAACGUUUCAUUCUGAUGCCUUUAUCCAAAGCUACUUACAACUGAGACAGAAUUCUACUGAGCAGCUGAGGGUUAAAGAUCUUGCUCAUGAGCCUAACGGUGGUAGUUUGGUGGUGCUGGGAUUUUAACUCAUAAUUCCAUUGGGCUUCCAAUCAGUAGCCCAAAGCCUUAACCACUGAACUACCACUGCCCCUUUUUGUUUGCGUAAGUAUUCACCUCCCUGGGUGCAAUUCCAGCUUCUGUGGAUAUGUUUCUAUCAGCUUUGCAUAUCUAGAUAGUGAUGUUUUUGGCCAUUCCUUUUGGCAGAAUUACUCAAGCUCUGUCAAAUGAAUGAUGUCAGAUUGAGUCUCCAUCAGACUGAGGUCUGGGCUUUGACUGGGCUGUUCUAACACAUUCAGCUUCUUGGUUUUGAACCACUCCAGUGCAGCUUUGGCAGUGUGCUUAGGCUCAUUGUCCUGCUGGAAGGUGAAGCUCUGCUCCCAGUCUCAGAUCUCACAGACUGGAGCAGGUUUUCGUCCAGGAUUACCCCGUAUUUAGAUCCAUCCAUCUCGCCCUCAGCCCUGCCCAGUUUGUCAGUCCCUACUGAUGAAAAGCAUACCCACACCACAAUGCUACCACCACCAUGCUUCACAGUUGGGAUUUGGGUUUGCUGAAAAAAUAUAUACUGUGUAUUUAUACUGACAUUGUGUGACACUUUAACUGCACACUGACUGACUUCAAUCUGUGGAUGUCAAUAGAAAAAGACUAUCAAAGGACUGGAUAUUAGAGUCUUAAAGUAUCAGUGACUAUAUGGAUGGCAACUGAAAAGACAUAUUUUCCAGAAUUUAUCUUGCUGCUUCCUGUCUCUAUAGCCUGUUGGCAAAACGUUAGUCUUCGUCAACACUACAUGAGGUUUAGGCAAGUUCAAGGUUUUUAUUGCUUCCUUUAAAUAACACUACUUAUGUGAACAUGAUGAGCAUAUACAUCAGACAAUUUUAAAAGACAUUUUAAAAGCAUUAAUGCUAAUUUUACAAGACGAAAAGUCUCUUUUGGUAGCUGUUUAUAACUAAGUUUUUUUUUCAUAAUAAGUAUUUUUGUAAAGAAGCCAUUUUGUUUUACAAAUAGGAUGAUCUUAGAUGCGUACAAAUUGUAUGACCCCAGGAAGUCAACUGAAAUUAUCACUGAUCAUCAAAUAAUUUGAGAUUGCUGGUGUUGGGAUUGCUGUACACUACAAUCUGCAGGAUCUCUUCAGUAAAAAGAGGAGAAAGAUGUGUUAGAAGGAGAAUAGAAGGAGAAGAGGGAUUGGGUAGUGUAGGAAUGGGGCAGGAGUGAAGGAUGUUUUUUAAAAAAUUCUCAUCGAAGAAGGUGGAAAAGUCUUCAGCAGUCAGGGAGGAGGUUGGGGGAAGAAGGGGAGGGUUGAAAAACGAAGAGAAAAUGUUAUGGAGCUUCCCUUCCCUUUCACACAACGGAGAAUCCAGUUCAACUUAAUUUUAUUCAAUCAGCAGUUGCUCAUGAGCUCGGGUAACCUCGCUUACCUUACCAACCGUACCUUACGUCAGAACACCACGAGGGACUUCGGACUGCACGUGGAUAUAUAUGAGGACAUAAAUGAAUUAUUCAUAAUAUAGAGAAGAAAGAGUAAAAUACAUCAUUGCUUAUAACAAACUUGAUUAACAUAGAUCCUCCUUCUUAUUUGUCAUAUGAAAUGAGUUAUUCUUCAUUAUAGUCUUCCUCUCACAUCCCAUAAUAGUUAUUUUUCUCUCUCUUACCUAUCUACCAGAAAAAAGAGAGUUUCAGGACUGCAAAGGAUACUAACAAAGUCUCUCUACUGCUCUUAUCUCCGCUAUGUGGUAAGAGAAUAAAGGAAGACUUUUAGCAAACUAACACACACACACACACACACUCACAUCCUUGAAAAUUAGUGCUUCUUCUCUAAUGAGUCUUGUUUCUUAGAAACACAGGUGGCCUUUUCAGUCCUUUGCGUACGUGCACAUUCUGUAUUUUUCCGCUUCUGAAGUUGGAACAUUAUUCAAGUCAAGUGGAGUUUAUUGUCAUUUCAGCCGCAUACAGCCAGUUAGUACAGAGUGAAACAAAACAAUGUUCCUCCAGGACCAAGAUGCUACAUAAGACAAACACAGAACAACACAGAACUAAAGGGACUACAUAAAUUUAUACAUAAAGUGCACGAGUGCAAACAUGCAGACAGCACAAGACAGUACAGUCACUACUGAGAGACAACGGGCGCAGUAAGUCCCAGUGCAGCGCCGACCAGCACACAGUUCUGUUAGAAUGUGAAUCUAGUGAGAAUAGUGCAAAGAGUACAAUAUAAGUAGCUGAAAUAGUGUAAACAUAAGAGUAGCAGACUAUGUACAGUAUAAUAAAUAUUGUAGCAGCAUAAUGUAAUGUCCAAAAAACUUGCAAAAAAAAUUGCAAAGAGGAUGGAGGAUGCUCAGUUGUGUGUGUGUGUGUGUGUGUUCCUUCAGUCCAGUUUCUGAGUAUUGAGGAGUCUGAUGGUUUGGGGGAAGAAACUGUUGCACAGUCUUGAGGGUCCGAAUGCUUCUGUACUGUUUACCAGACGGCAGGAGGGUGAAGAGUGUGUGAGAGGGGUGUGUGAGAGGGGUGUGUGAG